UACCAAUUGAGCGAUGGAUCUCACUCACAGCUCACAACAAUAUAUUCCUUACUAUCCUCCGCAUCACAUUUGACUCAGUUGAAAUGUAUUAGUGAACUUUGACUUCUACAACAUCAGCGACAACUUCGUCAGGUCUAACACUUCGGCAUCUUGUUUAAGACACCAACGUUGUAACAUUUUGAGCCUCAUCUCACAUAUCACAACCUUCUUGAGCCUCACACACGUCAUCAGGCUUCAUCAUGGAAACCAGCGACACACAACCACAUAUUGAUCAACAUGCCAACGAGCUCGAACCAUCAUCAACAGACUCCCCCGCAGUCGAAAUCACCAUCAAAUUCCCACCAGAACAACACAACCAAACAUGGACCUUUGAGUCCCAAGACACCUUCGCCCACCUCGUCCAAGCCCUCGGCCUAGAAUUCCCCGAAUAUGACUGGGCCAAAAGCAAAGCCCUCCUCGAGAAGCGUCCACCCACCCUCAAAAAAGGCAUGCUAACCCCCUCCACCGACCCUGACCUCCCCCUAUCAACCCUCCACACAACCACCCUCCGCUUCCUCGCCCCCAAAUCCACCACUCUCGAUUCCCUAAAGACGGCAGCAACAGAAGCAGCAACCCUCCAAGCCCGCCGCGCCCUCGCCCGCUCCCGCCUCGCCCGCCUGCCCCCCUCCCAAAAGAAAACCGCCCUCUCUGACGCCACCUUCACAUUCCACACCCUCUCCGCCCUCCCUCACCUGCCCAACUCCCAGAAAUCACUCUCUUUUCUUCAACGUCUGAAAGAGGACCCCGGGAUUGUCCACGUGAUGAAGAAACACGAGUACUCUGUCGGUUUGUUGACAGAAAUGGACCCGAUAGCCAACACGUCGGCUAGCGAAGGGGGCGUGACGAGGAUACUGGGGCUGAACAGGAACAAGGGGGAGGUUAUUGAACUGAGGUUGAGGACGGACAGGUAUGAUGGGUGGAGGGAUUACAGGGGGGUGCGGAAGACGCUUUGUCAUGAGCUGGCGCAUAAUGUUUAUGGGGAGCAUGAUGGGGAUUUUUGGAGGUUGUGUAGACAGAUUGAGAGGGAGGUUGAGGGGGCGGAUUGGAGGAAGAGCGGGAGGACUGUGGGGGAGGGGGAGUUUGCUCCUGCGAGGGGUGGGGAAGGGGAGGGGGAGGGAGAGAUGAUGGAUCAUGGGGGGUGGGAGGGGGGGACGUAUGUACUCGGUGGUGGCGGUGGGUGGCCGGACGGGAGUGGGAGGGGGUUGGCUGCUAGGGAGAUAAGGGCUAGGGCGGCGGAGGCGAGGUGGGCUGGGUUGGAGAGGGCUACGAGGGAGAAGGAAGGGGAGGGGGAGGGGGAGGGGAGGGGGGAUGGGGGUAGGGAGAGUUGA